AUUUGGUAUAUUUAUAGAAUAUUUGUAGUAUAAAAAUAUUUGUAAUAUAAAUAUUACAGAAAGCUAUACGAAAAAUAGUUGACAGUUUUAGCAGAAAUCAUUGCAGUUUAAAGCAUCAAAGAUAAUAAAGCCAUGUGAUAAAAAUACCAGUAAAAUAAGUUAAAACAAUGUCUGGAGAAGAAUUAGUUGAUGAACCAAUAGAGGAUGAUGUUGAUGAAACACUUGAAAAUGAAAAUGAUGGUGAUGAAAAUGAAAAUGGUGAAAAUGAAGAUGAAAAUAAUGACAAUGAACAUACUGAUAAUGAAGAUAAAGAAGGGAAAGAAAAUGUAAAUAAAAAUAAUGAAAAUGAAAAUAAAGAAAAUGAGGAGGAGGUCCAUGCUGAGCCAUUAACAGCUGAGAUAAUAUCAAGUAGUUUAUCUCUUUUGUGUAAGAUUGGCACUGGCCUUGCACAUGCAUAUGUCAAACUUAAUAUAAGCAAAAGAGAACUUGGGGAUAUAUCUAUUUUGGAGAGUUUUAUUUAUUUGAGAUACUUGAUAUGUUUUACGUAUGACUUGGUAUUGUUGUGAGUGCAGAAAUUAUGC